AUGUCGCAUGCAUACGCAACCGAGGAACAAGUAGCUGUAGCUGCCGUACGCAGGGCUUGCCAUCUCACCUCGUCGGUAUUCAACAGGCUAGUCAAAAACGAGACACUCACCAAGGGCGAUAAAUCUCCAGUCACUGUUGGCGACUACGCAGCCCAAGCCGUUAUCAGCUCCAUCCUCCACCACGCGUUUCCAGGAGAUCCGAUCGUUGGGGAGGAAGAUGCAUCGGACCUACAUGCCGAAGAGGGCAGGUUGAUGAGGGACAGAAUCAUCGAGCUCGCCAACGAGGCGUUGACAGCGGAACUGGGACUGGGGGACAGCGCAACCGCUGAGGAACUGCUAGAUGCGAUUGAUAGAGGGAACCACCCUGGUGGAAGGGAUGGACGAAUGUGGACUAUCGAUCCUAUUGACGGAACGAAGGGGUUCCUUAGGGGAGAGCAGUACGCCGUGUGUCUGUCACUCAUUGUCGACGCAAAGGUGCAGCUGGGUGUGAUUGGGUGCCCAAAUCUUCCCGUUGACCCUGUUGCUCCGGAAAGGGGGAUUGGGUGCAUCUUCACUGCCGUACGAGGUCAUGGCGCGCAGCAACUGACACUGAAUGGGUCUAACCCCACACCCCUUGUCAUCCCUCAAACUACACCGGAAACCCUGAACUUCCUGGAAUCUGUCGAGGCAGCGCACUCAUCUCAUUCAUUCAAUGAUCGCGUUUCGUCCCUUCUGAACAUCACGCGACCCCCGACAAGAAUGGACAGCCAGGCGAAAUAUUGCUGUCUUGCUCGGGGAGAGGGAGGCGCGUACCUUCGUAUGCCUACUGGCGUGGGAUACAGAGAAAAGAUCUGGGACCAUGCCCCUGGCCAAGUCCUCGUGGAGGAGGCAGGAGGGGUGGUGACGGAUUCGCGCGGCGAGCCACUAGAUUUCGGAUUGGGAAGAACCCUUGGAGAGAAUUUUGGCGUGAUCGCUGCAGGCAAGGAAGCUCACUCACGGGUGCUGGCUGCCGUCCAAGAGGCUCUCAAUGAGACGAAGGCAAAGGUGUAGGCUGCUGCCAUGCAGUUCGGACAUUGCGUAACACAAGUUUUGUAAACCUGCAAGCAACAGGUUGCGAC